UUUGAUUUCUGUUCGGUUUUGCAUGAAGUGCAGUACCGUUUCAACACAAAAAACUAAAACUGUCACGAUUAAGAACCUGGAAUACUUUGACAGACAAAUAGUCCAUGGCAGACCAAAAUGGUCACAUUGAUGUGGGCCCUCCAAGGGAACCUGUAGCAGGUAUAGGCUUCCCUGCUCCUCCCCCACCCAUCUACACCUGCACUCUGACCCCUGAACUGGUGGCCAAGGCCCGGGAAGAACUCCAGGAGAAGCCAGAAUGGAGGCUGCGGGAUGUCCAGGCAUUACGAGAUAUGAUACUCAAAGACCACCCUAAUCUGAGGACGCGGUUAGACGAUGCAUUUCUCCUGCGAUUCCUCAGGGCCAGAAAGUUUGAUUAUGACCGGGCCCUUCAACUGCUCCUGAAUUAUCAUGCCAGCCGGAAAGCAUGGCCUGAGGUUUUCCAGGACCUGAAGCCCUCCACAGUGAAGCAUGUGCUGGAACUGGGUUUUCUCACUGUCCUGCCCAGACCAGACCCACAUGGACGCUACAUACUGUGUUUACGGCCAGGUAAAUGGAAGCCUAAUGAUUAUCCAUUUGUGGACAACAUUCGGGCUAUUUAUUUAACAUUAGAGAAGCUGAUUCAGCCUGAGGAAACCCAAGUGAAUGGAAUUGUUAUCCUGGUGGAUUAUGCAGGAGUUGGCCUCUCUCAAGCUUCUAAUCCAGGGCCUCUUCUGGCAAAGAAAGUUGUUGGUAUCCUUCAGGAUGGAUUCCCAAUCAGAAUAAAGGCAGUAAACAUAAUAAAUGAGCCACGCAUCUUCAAGGGUAUUUUUGCAAUAAUUAAGCCCUUUCUGAAAGAGAAAAUGGCAGAGAGGUAUGUCCUGCAUGGCUCAGAUUUGGCCUCUCUCCACCGAGUCAUCCCUCAAUCUGUGCUGCCUAAAGAGUAUGGAGGUAUGGCUGGUAGACUUGAUAUGUCUGCCUGGUCCAGAACACUGCUGGAGGCUGAAGAGGAGUUUGUGGUGGAGUUCUGUCAGCCUGAUCCUCUGGAGGGCAUAAUUCUGCCAGACUCAAUGCUCUUUGAGGGAGAGCAGGCUGGGGCACAUGGAGAGGAAUCCUUCAGACAUCUACGAUCUCAGCUUUACUAUUGUUACUGACCUCCAGUGAACUUGCCACUGUUUUUUUUUUUUAAACAUUUGUUAGCUGACCAGUUAUGUAAGAUGUCAAACUAUUUAGUUCUAACAGUGCAAUGUCAAACACUGAGGUCACCGCAUAGGAGUCACUUUUAUAAAAAUAAAAAAUAAAAUCUCAUCAAAGAGCUUUUAGAUGCUGGGUGGUAUACUCAGUUGGCCUACUCUAAUCUGAUCACUUGCGUUGUAAAAACUUGAUUCAAGAUCAUUUUCACAGUAUAAUAGACAGUCGUUAUAAUCGUUCUUUUGAGAAGGAAUCCUGGGUGUUUGUGUCUAUCAAUCCCUGUAUUUAUUUUCAGUAUUUUAUUCAAGUGUCUUAAAUGUGUUUUUAUUUUUUCCAGCACUACAUCAUUUUAGUUUCAUGUUACACCUCAAAUAAUGUUUGCCUUAAUUUGCGAUUAAGGGAAAAUGAGAUGAAAUUAGAUUAGUUAAGAUUUUGUGUCAAGGACCAUGAAAUAAAUAGAUGAUUUUGAUUGCUCAUUGCAGAUGUCAAUUCAAAUCCAAAGUAAUAACAAUGUGCAAUUUACAUUCAAAUGUAUGCAGCCUCAGUAUUUUAUAACUCUGUAUUUAUGGAUUAUUGAUUGGUCUACAGAGAAUUGUAAAAUGUUUCUUUUUGAUUUGUAGAUAGCACAGCAUAAAUGUUUUUUUUUUCUUUUUUUCAUUUAUGCCUUUUAGUGUUCACAAAAAAACAAAAAAAAAUCCUGUGCAUUAUUGAAUUGACAUAAUUAUGCCAAAAUACACUUGUUGAGCACAGUACCGUUAUGAUUCUAAGUUACAUCAUAAGCUUUAAAAUUAGCUAGAUACAUUUACAAUAUAUUGAGAUGAUGUGGAGUUCACAAUGCGUGUUUGCAUAUUGUUGGUUGCCAAAAUACUUUAGAUGGAUUACUUUUAAUUUUGUACAGACCUUGUAUAGAAACUGUAACUGUCAGGUGAGAGUUUUUCCAAAAUGUAUGGAAUUUCAGUUUUGUUUUACUGAGCGCAUUGUUAUGUCUUAUCUUCUAGCCUUACAUUUACUUUCAAUAUUAUAAGUAUAUUUGUAUUAUUAUUUUUGAUUGUGGUACAGUACAGUAGUUGUUAACAGUCAUUAAACAUUAUAAUUUUCAGAGUUUUAAUAUUUUUGAAUGAAUCGGUGCUGUACAUUAUGGAGUUUGCCAGAAGAUGGAGACAUACACCAUUUGACACAAACAUCCACAAGAACUCUUCAUUUCUGUGUAUAUUGGUAUCAAAAUACCAAUACAUAAAAAUACUCUAGUUGUAGAAUAUAUAAUCUUCUUUAAAGGAAUAUUCCGGGUUCAAAAACAAAUUAAGUUCAAUUGACGGCAUUUGCGGCAUAAUGUUGAUUACCACAAAAAUAACUUUGUCUCGUCCCUCCUUUUCUUAAAAAAAAGAAAAAUCUAGGUUACAGUGAGACAAUUAAAGUGAGUGGAACCAAUUUUUUUGAGAGUUUAAAGGCAUACAUUUUUAUUGAAGCACUAACAUUAAAUAUUCUUUUAAAACUCGUAUUAUUUGAGCUGUAAAAUUG